GGAAGGCCUAAUUAUAUAGUGGAAGACAUAGUAAACACAAAAUGGAAUUCAUAUCGAGAGAGUGAUAAGAACUUCUUUGUGUGCAGUUAUAAUCCUGCUGCUCCACCAACUUUCGCACCUCCGACUAUUUCAACGACUCAGGAAGUACCUGUGACGCGAAAUAAUUCUUGCAAACCAAAAAGAGAUCAAGCGACCCUUCUUUUCGCAUACUCAAAUGAUUUUUUUCAAAGCUCCAUAAAUUGGCUGGGACCCAAAAAAACUUUGAA